CAGUUCCCGGAGCCUCCGCGGGCGCGGACUUUGGUGCGGGCUCCGCAUGGCCGGGCCGGGCCGGCCUUUAGACCGGGCUUAGCAAAGCCCAGCUCGAAUUCCCGGCGGGAUUCCAGGCGCGGCCGGAAGGGAGGGAAGGAGGAAGGAAGGAAAAGCCGGCGCGGGGCUCCCGGAGGGGGAGGGGGCGGCCAUGGCCUCCAACGGCUCCGCUGGAAUUCGGGAUUCCCCCCUGGAACCGGGAAUUUUCCUGGAGGAGGAGCUGGGAUCCGACUGGUACAUCUACGAGUCCCCGGAGCCCGCGGCCCCGGAUGACCUUUUUCCCGAGGCCAUCCCGGAAUGCCACCCCACCAUUUCCCCCCGGCUCUACCACACCGUCAUGGCCCCCAUCUCCCUGGCCGUGAUCCUGGCCUUGUCCUUCCUGGUCAAGCGCCGCCGUCUCCGCCAGAGCUGCUGGAACGGAGUCCCGGGAUUGCUCAGCCCCGGGAAUCUCCUGGAUGGGGACGGGCCCCGCGCCGUGGCCGCCGCCGUUUUUGGGAUCCUCUUCUCGUCCCUCUGCCAGCUCGUCCUGGACCCGGCCCCGCUGCCGCUCGCGUCCCCCUCGUCCCCAACCGCCCGCGAGUUCUGGAAGAUCCUGGCCCUGCUCUACUACCCGGCCUUCUACUUCCCGCUGCUGGGCUGCGCCGCGCCCCGGCACCGCCUGGGCUACGCCGCGGGGACACUGCUGGCCUGGGGACACUGCGGGGCACAGCUGGGACACCGCCUGCAGUGUCCCCUGGCGCCCAAGAUCCACCCGCUGUACUCCACGCUGUCCCACGUCCCCGUCCUGCUGUCCCUGGCCCUGCUCAGCCUCUGGUACCCGGCGGUGCUGCUGCGCAGCCUGGGCCGCGCGCACGCCCCGGAGACACAGAUUCCUGGGAAAAGCUACUACAGGAGGUACCUGAAGGCUGUGCUGUCCAAGCGGGGCCGGAAGGGCGGCCCCGCCAAGAUCGAGGAGAGCCUCCAGGCCCGGAUCCGCUCCCACCUGCUCUCCUACGUCUACAUUCCCGAGGAAGGGUUCCGGAUCCCGCUGAUGCUGGUGGUGUCCGUCACCAUGGCCGUCAUUGCCGUCUACCAGGUGUCGGUGCUGCUGCUGGCGGCCGUGGUGCCGGCGCUGCGCGCGGUGCGCGCGGGGCUCACCAAGGACGUGGUGGUGCUGCUGGUGCAGUUCGGGCUGGUGCCGUCGCGGGGCCCGGCCGUGCCCGGGGCCAUGGAGCAGGAGCUGCGCACGGCGCGCCACUACCUGUGGGCACUGGAAGUGUGCUACAUCUGCUCGCUGGCGCUCUGCUGCCUGCUCACCUGCGCCAUGCUGCUGCGCACCCUGGCCAUGCACAGGUCCAACCUGCGGGCGCUGUACCAGGGGGCCGUGCUGGACGUGUUUUCCAAGGCCCACAUCCUGCGGCCUUCCCGGGAAUCCAUUGUCUGCUGGAUGGGCUUCUCCAGCUUCCAGGCGGCCUUCGCCUGCCUGGGUCUCCUGAUCCAGCAGGUGAUCUUCUUCCUCUGCUCCGUGGCCUUCACCUUCCUGGUGGUGAUCCCGCUCCAGGACGGCACCAGCUCCCCGCUCUUCGGGAUCAUCCGGAACAUGUGGCCCUUCUGGCUGGCGCUGGUGGUGGCCGUGCUCCUGCAGCACCUCCUGGCGCGUUCCCAGUUCCUGGAGCGGCGCUCCCUGCACAGGGAGCUCACCAACAGGCGCGCCCUGUGCAUCGUCACCUUCCUGCUCUUCCCCAUCAACGUCCUGGUGGGCGUCCUGGCCGCCGUGUGGCGCGUGGUCAUCUCCGGCCUCUACAACGCCGUCCACCUCUGCCGGCUGGACAUCAGCCUGCUGCACCGCGGCGUGGAGACCUUCGACCCAGGGUACCGCACCUACUGCCACUACCUGAAGGUGGAGGUCAGCCAGUGCCACCCGCUGCUCAAGGCCUUCUGCUUCCUGCUGCUGCAGCCCGGGCGGAGCGAGGCGCCGGCACCGCCCCGGGACACACACCUGGAGGAAGGCCUGCAGCUGACGCAUCCCAAGGCUCCGGCCGCGGGCCGGGCGCGCUCCCGGCGGCUCCGGGCGCGCUGGUGCGUGGCCUACACGCUGCUGCACAACCCCUCGCUGACGGCCUCCCGCAAGACCGCGCUGGCCGACCCCGCUGCCAACGGCGCCCAGCUCGGCGUUCCCAGGCCCUGAACUCCCGGGAAUCCCCGCCAGCCUCCCCUCCCGUCCCCGUCCUCCCCGGAGGGAAUUUCGGGCGCUUCCCGGCCCCAUUCCCAGCCUCCGGACUCUCUCCAGGGGUUUAUCCCUAAAUCUGCUC